UAUGUGAGCACUAUAAACAAACUGUUCGUAAUGUUAUUAAAAUGGCUACCUCUAAAACUAGUUUACUUAUAAUAUUAGUAAUUUAUUUUGCAAAUAAUGUUAUUGGAAAUGUGAUAGUAGAUACAAAAUCUGGUAAAAUACGAGGUAAAGAAAUGCAGUCAAUAAUUCCUGAUAAGAAAUAUUAUUCUUUUUUGAGUAUACCUUAUGCUCAACCGCCAAUUGGUGACCUCCGCUUUAAGGCACCUGUCUCUCAUCCAGGUUGGGAUGAUGUUUUAGAAGCGAGAAAAGAAAAAAAACAUUGCACUCAGUAUAAUUUACCUAUUAGAAAUAUUAAAACAUAUGGAUUUUGUGGAACAGAGGAUUGCUUACAUUUAAGUAUUCAUACACCAAGCCUACCCGAUAGCAACAGUUCAAAACUUCCUGUUAUUGUUUUUCUAUAUAAUGAACAUUUCAAAGUUUCUUAUAAUGCAACAAAGGAAUAUGGUCCUGAUUUUUUUAUGAACGAAGACGUUAUUUUGGUAACUAUAAAUCAUAGAUUGGGCGCAUUAGGAUUUGUGUCAUUUGAAGAUGAACUACUUCCAGGUAACAACGGUAUAAGGGAUGUUAUAUUGGCUUUAAGGUGGAUAAAAGAUAAUAUUAGCCAUUUUGCUGGAGAUCCUCUAAAAGUAACUCUUAUGGGUAAUGGUGGUGGUGCAGCAAUAGUAGAUAUAUUAUUACACUCACCUAAAGCUAAAGGUUUAUUCAGUGCGGCAAUUAUACACGGUGAAUCGUCGUUUAAUCCACUAUAUUUCGAUGAUAACCCUAAAAAACGCGCAAUAUCUUUAACGGAAACGCUCGAGGAUAAAGCGACGACAAGCGCAUCUUUCAUUGAACGUCUAGCAGAAGUACCAGCCUCUAAAAUUGCAGAUUCUGAAUUUUAUGUAAUUCAUACUGACGAAGCUAGAGCCAUUCAGAGAGGUGUAAUGCCAUUUGGUCCUAUUGCUGAAAUCGAGCAUGAUGAUGCUAUAAUUACUAAGACCCCAGAAAAAAAUCCUAUAGAAUUACCUGUACCUGUAAUGAUUGGAUUUAACUCCAGACAAUCAAUAGAAAUAAACUCACGUUAUCUUCAUGGCCCUCAAUAUCUAACAUUCGCUGACAGAGAUUUCCUUAUUUUGUUCCCAAAGAGGGUCAGUUAUCAUUUUCAGAUUCAUGAUAAUGUGUACCAUCAGGCUGUACAAGAAAUCAAAGAUUUUUAUUUUGAUGAAGGAUAUAUAAAAAUUAGUAAGCCAGGAGAAUAUUUAACUUAUACAGGAGACAUCAUGAAUUUCUAUCAUAUCGAUUAUACUGUGCGAACUUAUACAAAUACAUCUAGUACGCCCAUUUACUACUACAUGUUUGACUACAGUGGCGAACUGAACUUUAGAAAGAAAACCAUUUUGGAAGAUACGACAAACUUUGAUGGUACGUGGGGAGCAUCAACAGGCGACGACCUAUGCUAUUUAUUUGUAUGCAAUAAAUGGAGAAAACAGUAUAGGAUAUUAUUGGAAAGCGAAGAUUCAGAAGAAAUAAAAGUGUUAAAAAAUAUGGUUAAAAUGUUCACCGAUUUUGCUAAGACUGGCAAUCCAACACCUCCCGGAAGUGACUUCACUUGGAAACCAGCUACGAAGGAGAACCGGGACUGUUUGGUCAUUUCCGAGGAAUUAAAAAUGGUUUCAAAAUUAUACGAGGAUAAAAUUAAAUUCUGGGAUGAAUUUGUGGAAAAAUACGAAAAAAUGGCAAUAGAUGGCGUUGUUAAAGAUGUUAAAGAUGAAUUAUAAUUAAAAAAUAGCAUUUUUCAUUCAUUAAUAACUUAGUUAAGAAAAAAAAACAUGUGUGUAAAUUUAUGAUAUAAUGAAUAUAAUAACAUAAGUAAUUA